AUGAAUAGUGCCUUGUCUGAUCGUCAACGUGACGAGCUGCACAAAUCCUUGCUCGAAUACUUGCAUACGUCUGGUUUCCAUGAGACCUUCGAAGCAUUGAAGCGCGAUGCGUCCCUUGCAGCGUACGAGCCUGACGCAAAGGGUAAAUAUGCCAACCUUUUAGAGAAGAAGUGGCUCAGUACCAUCCGUUUGCAGAAAAAGAACAUGGAUUUAUCUGCCAAGGUGUCGGAAUUGGAGGCCGAACUGCAGACCGCUCCUAGUGCACGGCGUGGUGCUUCUGUGCAGGAUUGGUACCCUCGACCACCGGCCCGUCAUGUGCUCUUAGGCCACCGCCAGCCUGUAACUAGUGUAGCGUUUCAUCCAAGAUUCUCGCUCGUGGCCACGGCUAGUGAGGAUUCUACCAUCAAGAUUUGGGACUGGGAAACAGGUGAACUAGAACAAACGUUGAAGGGCCAUACAAAAUCCAUUCAAGGCAUUGCUUUCGACCAUUCAGGACAAUAUAUUGCGUCGUGCUCGUCUGACUUGAGUAUAAAAAUUUGGGACGGUAAUAAUGAUUGGAAAAAUGUGCGCACCAUACAUGGUCAUGAACAUAGUGUGUCUGGUAUUCAGUUUAUGCCCGGAGACCAGCAUAUUAUCACGGCCAGUCGCGACAAGACGCUCAAGAUAUGGGAAGUGACAUCCGGAUUUUGCUCACGCACGUUAUUAGGCCAUCAUGAUUGGGUCCGUGCAGUGGAUGUAUCAUCUGACGGCCGAUGGAUUGCCAGUGCAUCAAGUGAUCAAGAGGUGUGCAUUUGGGACACUGCGUCUGGUGAAUUGCGUCAUGAAUUGCGUGGCCAUGAGCAUGUUGUAGAAUGCGUCGCAUUCGCGCCCUCAUCUUCGUACGAGUCUAUCCAAAAACUUCUAGGUAUGCGAUCUCCGGACAAGCCAGAGCCAGGCAGAUAUCUUGCCUCCGGAUCGCGCGAUAAGACUGUACGGAUCUGGAGCCAACAGGGCCAGUGCCUUCGUACAUUGUCAGGCCAUGAUAACUGGGUACGUGCUGUGGCCUUUUCUCCCAACGGCAAGUUUCUGCUGUCUGUUUCGGAUGACAAAACCAUGCGUGUGUGGGAUUUAUCAACAGCUCGUUGCCUCAAAGCUUUUGAAUGCCACAAUCAUUUUGCUACGUGCAUGGCUUGGGGCCGCACGCACGUUGACACGUCCUCGUCGGCUUCCCCUGAAUCUCACAUGCAGCCUGUAAAUGUCGUUGCUACAGGCUCUGUGGAUCUCGGCGUAAAAAUCUGGGCACCCUAA